CGUUUGUGACGGUAACUUUCCACCGUUAAACUAAUUGCCAUGUCGGACACGUAAAGAAAACGCACGUUAAUUCACCGCAGACAAGAUCACACUGACCGUUGGAUACGGAUCCGGCGGCUUUUACCUCAAUCAAUAUGGUCCGUCGGAUCAGAAUAAAAUUGGAGACAGGCGCUUUUGUCGGUGUAAGAAAAGCCUUUUCUCUCUCUCUCUCUCUCUAAAGUCUCCGACUUGGUUUUGUCUCGAGCUUUUUUUCGCACGUGAAAAGUUUGGAAAUUUAAUUAUUUAUCAUACGAAGGUUUUGCUGCCUCACGAUUUGAUCUCGAGGGUUUCUGGUUUGUCUGUCGUCUCAAUUCCAGAUUCAAGGGCUUGUUGCUCAGUUCCAGAUUCAAGGGUUUCGGUAAAAAGGUUUCCCUUUGAGAUUAUAGAUUGCUUCUUUCCUCUCGAGCUCGCAUCUGAGGUCGAGGUUCAAGCUCCUUCCUGUUUGAUUCUGAAGUUAAUUUCCGUGGAGGAGUUUGAAACUCGGCUUGUGACGACGAUCCCAGCUAUAGGAGCUCCAAAUGGUCUCUUGCAAAAGGUGAAUUAUAGAAGCGAGAGCAAGCGUUAAUAUUUUUAGUGGAAACUCUUGCCAAAAAAAAGAAGCAAUGGUUGAAAGUGCUGCCUUCCCCGGAGGUUACUACAGGAACACUUUCGAAGCGCCUGAUGAAUCAUCACAGGGCUCUGGAAGCUCCGCUCAGAUUGAUACCGAGGUCACUGCAUCUCAGAACUCAACCACUCCUGCACGAAAGCGUAUUAAUCUGAACCCCGACGAUGAGGAUCCUUACGGUGUCCGGAGACAAGUCAUUCCCUUGUACAACAAGUCGCAGUCCGAGAGAAAAGACUUGAUCCAUCGUCUCAAACGGGAGCUGGAGCAGACAAAGAUAGUUCUCAAGAACGCUGAGUUGUUGAACGUUAGGUCUAUUACAUCUCGUGGAUGGAACCGUGGCUCCUCGGGGAAGUUUGAGUCGCUCCCCGACACGGCGCUGAUGAAGCAAUGCGACACGCUGCUGAAGAAGCUCUGGUCUCAUCCCCAUUCUUGGGUGUUCCAGGCGCCUGUCGAUGUAGUGAAACUGAACUUACCUGACUAUCUAACUGUCAUCAAACACCCCAUGGACUUGGGGACAGUGAAGAAGAACUUAGCAUCUAGUGUAUACUUAACACCUCACGAGUUUGCUUCUGAUGUGAGGCUCACGUUCGCCAACGCGAUGACGUAUAACCCUCCAGGGCAUGACGUUCACAUCAUGGCGGAUAUACUUAGUAAACUGUUCGAAUCUCGGUGGAAAGCUAUAGAGAAGAAGUUACCAGCAGUUACAUUGGAACCCAGUGUGGAAAGGAGAACUGCUAUCUCUGCCCCUCCCUCGAAGAAGAGGAAGAUGGCUUCACCCGUUAGAGAGACGGUGAAGCCCCUUAUGACGGCAGAGGAGAGGCAUAGAUUGGGGAGACAACUCGAGUCUCUACUUGAGGAGCUUCCUUCACAGAUCAUUGACUUUUUGAAGAAACACAGCUCAAGUGGAGGAGAAGUUGCGGAAGAAGAUGAGAUUGAGAUAGACAUUGAUGUUCUCAGCGAUGAAGUGCUGCUCACUCUUCAAAAGCUUAUGGAUGAAUAUGUCAAAGGUAAAGAAGCGAAGCAGUCGGAUGUAGAACCUUUUGAUGGACCAGGACCGAGCAAUUCGUCUCUCCAACGAGGUGGAAGUCAGAUUGUGAAUGAAAUGGCUGUUGAGUAUGUCGGUGGGAACGAACCUCCAAUCUCAGGAACCUCCAGUGAUUCUGGUAGCUCUGAAGAUCAAUCUGAUGACGCUAAGCCCAUGAUCCGAGAGGGUUCUUCCAAGAUGCCUGAAACUGCAAAUGCUGAGGCGCAAAGAGAUGAAGAUGAGAGAAUAGAUGAUCUUCUUGAAGAAUCUGCUGGUGCGGCUGAGCAGCAAAAGCCUAGUUCUGAUGAAUCAGAUAGCCAACCUGAUGGGAACAUGUUAGAGACUCCGGCUCCAUCUGAGAAGCAAUAUAGAGCUGCGCUGUUGAAGAACAAGUUUGCAGAUAUCAUUCUAAAAGCACGCGAGAAAACACUUCCACAGAAUAGUAAUAAGGGCGACCCUGAAAAGCUUCGUAAGGAAAGAGAAGAACUCGAACUGCAGAUGAAGAAAGAGAGAGCACGGCUACAAGCUGAGGCAGAGGCUGCUGAAGAUGCGCGUCGCCAAGCUGAAGCAGAGGCGGCUGCGGAAGCUGCUGCUGAGUCUAAGCGUAAGAGAGAGCUCGAAAGAGAAGCAGCUCGCCAAGCUUUAUUAAAGAUGGAGCAAACUGUGGAGAUCAACGAGAACUCGCGGUUCCUAGAGGACCUAGAGAUGCUGAGUUCAAGUGCACCAGAGCAAUUACCUAGCUCAGUUGAUGAAACCAGCCCCGAGAGAGGUUUGGACGCCCUUGGAAGUUUCAACUUCAGAGGAAUUAACCCUCUUGAGCAGCUCGGGCUGUACAUGAAACAAGAUGAUGAUGAAGAAGAACCUGAGGCUCCUCGUGCUGUUCCAAAGCUAGCUACCGACGUGGAAGAAGGUGAAAUCGAUUGAAAAAGAAAAAAAAAAUGUAUAUAGAUAAUAUAUACAUUGUAUAAAAACAAUAGCCAGGGCAGGUUUAGUCUAAGGUUUAUGAUGUUUUCCAAUGUUGUCAUAAGUUUAUAUGAAAGGUCUUUUGAGAAUUUUUUUUUUUU